CAGCUGUCUGCUUGAUUUGUAGGAAUUUUAUCAAAUCGAUAUCUUGUACGCUUUGACAACCUUUUCGUGGCUUGCUUCAGUUAGACUAUCUGGAUUCUACGCGUUCAGGCAGCUCAGGCAAAGAUGCCCGAGACUUCGACGUCCUCCGAGGACUUCUCUACCUUAGCAGUCUCGAUACCACCGCUACCAUCUUACCCUGUCCAAGCGACGCAUUACAUAUAUUUGCGACGAAAUGCCCCCAAAAUAGCGACGCCAGAUGACUCGCGAAGCUUAUACUUGGCCAAUGUCCCCGUCGAUAGCACCGAAGCACAUUUCCGCGCCUUGUUCUCUAGUCUAGUGGGAGCCGGCCGAUUCGAGAGUAUCGCCUUCGAACAGGAUAGAAAAAGUGCGAAGAUCUCACAUGAACCGGCGCAGGCUGAGAGGCUAGCUAGGCACCACAAAAAGAGGAAACGAGAAGAUGAAGAGAUACAACACCAAAAGGAGGAAGCUGCUGCUGAGCUCCCAGAUACAUGGACCCGAGAAUUGCAUCGCAGCGGGAGCUCCGCAGUCGCUUUGCUUGCCGACGAGAAAAGUGUCGAUCUUGUGCUAAAGGCUGUCAUUAAGCUCAAGAAAACGAAGAAAUAUCCUGUUUGGGGAGAAGGUGUGAAAGGUGUUCCAGCGCUCGGCGCGCAAUGGUUAAAGACACACAAUAAGCUCUCCUAUCCAGGGAACGACGUUGUGCAAGCUGUGGUGGACGCAUAUUUCACCGUCUUCAACAGAAAGGAAGAGGAGGCACAACAGCUGGCCAAGAGACUCCGCAACGAGCCAGACGAGGAUGGCUUCGUCAUGGUCACUCGCGGUGGUCGCAGCGCGCCAGCGCGACGGGACGAGGCAGAGGAGGCUAAGCAGAAGAUGCUCGACCGCGAGCAGAAGAAGAAGGACGAGACGCAGAAUUUCUACCGAUUCCAACUGCGCGAAAAGCGAAAGGCGGAACAGAUGAAUCUUCUGAAAAAGUUCGACGAGGACAGGAAAAAGGUUAUGGCCAUGAAGGAGAAGCGUGGAAAGUUCCGACCCGAAGCGUAAUCACUUAUUUAAGCAAAUGGCGGAGUUUGUGUCUACCAGACUAUCAUCUCUGGCUUCUGGCAUGAGCAUGAGUAUGGGGCGCACUGGGAUAAUUGAGGACUACACUGAAGCUUCCUAAGGUAAGAAAAUGC